AUCCAGAGAAACAAAUCUAAAGUUUCCCUUCACUUUGCGUCUUCCUCAACUCAAUGUUCAUGCACGCUCUCCAAAACUAACACUUCGGCAGCGCUCUCCUGUCUUUCCUCUGUAUUGUUGUUCUAGAGAGAGAGGAGAGGAGAGGAGAGGAGAGGAGACAGAUAGAGAUAGAGAUCCUCUCUCGACUGCUUCCGUCGAAUUAUUUUCAGACGGAUCCGCGUUGGAUUGGGUAGAGUUGUGGAUGGAAGGAGCUAAAUCAUUUUCUCUACAAGUUGAGUAUCUGAUUUGAAGGGAAAGCCGACGAGCAGGAAGAGUUGGAGUCGGUGCAGGACACUCAGCCAUUGAAGUCUGGUGGGGGGAACGGCCAGAUUCGAUUUCGAUCGCCGUCUGCGGCUGAGCUUUUGGAUGAGCAGCAGCAAGUUCAGACGGAGAAGGUUUUGAAGAGAAACAGGCAGCACGAGACCUUUUCGGACAAGUUCCAGAGAUGGCGUUGUGCGAUGCUAUUGGUUUUUGUCCCUCUCCUGCUGAUUACCUUUGUGCUAUUUCUCAUGCCCUCGAGAUCGUCUCCUGAUUCUAUCCCUCGAAAGUUUGCGCCCGAAUUCAUGUCUAAGAAAUACGCGGUUAUCUUUGAUGCUGGAAGUUCUGGCAGUCGGGUGCACGUCUUCUGCUUUAACAAGCAGCUAGUUCUUGUUCCCAUAGGAGACGAACUUGAGCUUUUUGUGCAGUUGUCACCAGGUCUGAGUGCAUAUGCAAAGGACUCUGAGGCUGCUGCAAAAUCACUAUCAGAACUACUUAAAAAAGCUGAAGCAGCAGUUCCUGAAGAGCUGCGGUCCAUCACACCAGUUAAAGUUGGGGCUACUGCUGGGCUAAGGCAAUUGGAAGGUGAUGCAUCUGACAAGAUUUUACAAGCAGUGAGUGAUUAUUUGAAGAAAAAAAGCUCAUUUAAAUCAAAGGAUGACUGGGUCACAGUUUUGGAUGGCAAUCAGGAAGGUGCUUACCAAUGGGUGACUAUUAACUAUUUAUUGGGAAAUCUGGGAAAAGAGUACUCCGGUACUGUUGGAGUGGUUGAUCUCGGGGGUGGUUCUGUUCAAAUGGCAUAUGCCAUCUCAGAGUCAGACGCUGCUAAAGCUCCUAAAGUAUCUGGUGGAGAGGAGUCAUACGUGCAGGAAAUGUAUCUCAAGGGAAGAAAAUAUUAUCUUUAUAUUCACAGUUACCUACAUUAUGGGUUAUUGGCUGCUCGAGCUGAGAUUUUGAAAACUAGUCAAGAAUUUGAGAAUCCAUGUCUACUUGUGGGCUAUGAUGGUUCUUACAAAUAUGGGCCAACAGAGUACAAGGCUUCUGCUUUACCCUCUGGCUCCAGCCACAGCAAAUGUAGGGAGGCAGCUAUUAAGGCUCUAAAAGUCAAUGAAUCUUGUACACAUAUGAAAUGUACGUUUGGGGGUGUCUGGAAUGGCGGGGGAGGCGAUGGCCUGAAGAACUUAUUCGUUGCUUCAUUUUUCUUCGACAGAGCUGCUGAGGCUGGUUUUAUCAACCCAAAUCUGGCUGUUGCAACAGUUCGUCCAUCUGAUUUCGAGGAAGCAGCUAAACAAGCAUGUCAAACUCGUCUUGAAGAUGCCAAGGCUUCAUAUCCUCGUGUGAAACCAGAACACCUUCCAUUCAUGUGCAUGGACCUUGUUUAUCAGGUUACUCUGCUUGUUGAUGGGUUAGGCAUUGAGCCAUGGCAAACAAUUACAUUGGUGAAAAAAGUUAAAUACCAGAAUUCACUGGUCGAAGCAGCGUGGCCACUGGGCAGCGCCAUCGAGGCUGUUUCAUCGCCCGCCUAACUACUUUGCCUCCCGGUUAGCACAUUCUAUUGAUCUGAGUGCAUAUUCUGCAACUGGUUUGCGAGUAUUGCUUUUGGAAUUGGAUUUUUUGGUGACGAAAUUCGUGAUUCAAUAUAUUCCUUGUUUAAUUUUGUUAAAGAAUGAGAAAUAAGUAUUUGAAACAUAGGAAUAGCUUACCUGAAAUUAUUACUGGUAUUUUUACGGACUGUACUGAUAAAACAUAAAGAUUCAACAUUUUUUUGUGGCGUUAAAAAGUAGAAAUACUAGUAUAUUUUAUGGAUAGUACGUGUAUAUAUAAUAAAUCAAUUCAUCUUUUAACAUAUAAACGCCUUGAUGUUGAUGCACGAACAGUUAUAAAUAAAUUAAUCUUCUUCUUAUCCAAAUUUCUAGAAUGGGACAAACUAGCGUUUAACCAAAAUCCUUACACAAUUCAUUAACUUAAUCAAAUUUUUUGUUCAAAUCUAACUAACCCCAUUUAAGUCGAGCAAUCAUGUUUUUUUCAAUUUUGUCGUUUACUUAGUCCUUAAUCGCACGUUAGACUGCAAUAAUUGGAGCUUGUUGUAGUUAAAAACUACCUCCAUAAUUGACAAUCAACCCACUAAUGACCUGCUAAUUAAUUUUUUUAUGUUAAUUAUGUGCCAAUGGCAGCUAGGAAUCACGGCACAGUCGAUAGUUCUAACUAAUCAAUGCCAAAUAGUAGUGGUAUGUUAAUUGUAGUAAUAUAGUACUAAAAUAUAAUCAUUAGAUGCAUAUCAUCUACAAGUAGGAGAAAACACAUUCCAUCGUCUAUCUCCAAGAGAAAAGAAGAGAAGAAGAUAUUGAGAAGAACAAAGGUAUGUCUACUAAAAACUAGAGAAUUAAUGUAUUGUGCUUUACAUUAUAUUGUGAGAUGACUCAGAUGUGCCGUUUAUUAAGCUCAUUUUUUUUUAUUUUUUUGACGACAAUUGUUCACUAUUGAUAGUUAUAUCAAUUUAUCUGUGAGAUAUUGACUUGCUUUUGUGAUUUGUGGAAAAAUAAUAGUUUGCGGAUGGUUAGAGCAUUCUUGAUAAGUAAGCCGAUUUAAAACUCUAACCAUGCUUAUAUUAAAACUAACAAAAUAAAUAUGUAACAAAAUGGAUAAGAAAAUGUUAUCAUGGUUAUGAACUGUAAAUUAUAGAACUUACACUUAGCUCUCUUUCUCUAUCUCAAUGUUAUAUACACAAAGAAUGGCAGAGGAAGCUAUGGCCGCCAUCCUUCAAGUUGUAGUUCAAAACCUUAUCGACCAUUCCAAGAAAGAGAUCUCACUUGUCCGAGGUCUCGACGAAGAAGCAGAAAAGCUAAGCACCAGUUGUUACGGACGUUCUCGGUAACGAGGCCGGUUAACUAACUUCUCGGAGUGAUAAGGUGAUCGAACCUUCGACGAGCUCGAAGGAAAGCUCACGAUUUGCUGUUUCACGGACGUUCUCCGUUGGGCAGCAAAUAAGGAACGAAAAUUAUACUUGUUGCUCAAGACAAGUUUAGGGAAAAUAUUUCAUUCAUUGAUGGAUUAAAAUGAUAAUAACCUCUCCUAUUUAUAAUACUCUAAUACUACUACCCUAACUUCCUAUGAUAUAUGAUCGUAUCAGUACCCUCCAUGAAUUCUUGAACGAGGCUGAGAUGCGUACUAUUCCCGGUGGGGCUGUCAAAAGCUGGCUGAAGAAGCUUGAAGAUGUGGCCUUCGAUGCUGACAACGUUUUGGAUGAACUCAACCAUCAUCUUCUCUCCAAACAGAUUAAGCCCAUCAAACCCAUGAAAGAAAAGGUUCUAGCAUGCUUCUCAUCCUCCAAAUCGCAUUGCACGUUCCCGAAAUAUGGCUGUUAGAAUCCAAGAAAUUAAUGAGAAUUUGGAGUCCAUUAACAAUGAGGCAACUGAGCUUGGCCUUGUCGGGAGACUUGCUGACGUGCCCCCUACUUUGGUAGAUGCUGCUUUUGAAACUGAUGCAUUCACAAUUGAUCCAAUAUUCAUUGGAAGAGAUGAGGUGGUGUCGGAAAUAGCCGAUCCGAUGAACGUUUGAUUUCCAUCCUUACCAUUGUGGGAAUGGGAGGAUUGGGGAAGACAACUUUGAUUAGGAAAGUCUUUCAUCUUCUAAAAGAAGAGAAUUGGUUAAUAUCAUAUACAGUUGAUUGUGAAGGAAAUAAAUGGAAAAAAAUUGUUUGCGAUUGAGGAGGUGAAGAAGGAAGGAAUGAUCGCCGAUUUGUUUGAGACAGCGCAUCUCCACUUGUACAAUUUUACUUAUGUUUUUACAUAUCUGUUUUUCAUGUGUUUAGGCAAAAAUGAGAAAACUGAAGACAUGUAGGGCGAAUGCUUAACAAGUAUCACCUUCUGCCCUAA